AUGAUGAGUUAUCGAGGCAGAGGAAGAGGUGGAUUUGGCCACAAUAAUAACUUCAAUAGAAAUGAUACACAGGGCGCUGGGAACAAUAAUGUGGAAAUGGAGAUAUAUGGGUGGAAUGGGUCUACACCUGGAGAUUGUGUCGCUUUCAUAGCAAGAAAGUGCAAAAUUACAUUGACAAAUUACUCAGUCAACACAGCCAAUGGUGCAUUACGUGGGUUUGUGAGGUCUGAGAAUGAAGCAAAGGAUUUACUUCAAUGGUCUGGAGUCCGUUUUGCCGGAAGUCCCUUGAAGAUCUCAAAGGUUCCAGCUCCCAAUGCUGGUUUCAAUCAACCAGGAGGUUCGGCAAUUCCAACUAAUUCCAAUACUUCAAGUCAAAAUACCAUAGAAACAUUGACAAUGUUUCUCAAAUCAAGAUACGAUGCACAGAACAAGCUCUUGAACCUCAGCGCUGUUCAACAAGAUCUGACAUUAUCUGCCAAAGGAUUUUUUGGCACAAUAUCCACAUCCUCUAAGUUCUUUCCUGCUUUGAUGAAGAUUGCAAAAGAUUUGAAAUUGGAAGUCACUAGUGCAGACCUCUCCAAUAACAAUCUCAAUGACUCGAGCACAAUAUCUACAUUGGCCCAUUCUUUUCCCAUGUUGCGGAAUUUGUCCUUGCAGAACAACAAGUUCACUAAAAUCAAGGCGUUUGAAUCGUGGAAAAAGAAAUUCAAUUACUUGAGAGAGUUAAUUCUUACGGGCAAUCCUUUACUAAAUACCACAAACCCGAACGAUGUGAUUCACAUCAAGCAAGAAGUGUUAAAAAUCUUUCCCAGGUUGGUCGUGUUCAAUGGGGAGGUUAUUAGAAAUGAACAGUUGCUUAAUCAGAACUUGACGUUCCCAUUUGGUGAUCCGAAUGCGAUGUUUUUCCAAGAUAAUGAAGUUCAGAAUAUCUCUACCAACUUCAUCACAAACUACUUUAACUUGUGGGAUAUGAACAGAGCAGAUCUUAUGGUUUUGUAUCAGAAUGAAUCACAAUUUUCUUUACAAGUGGAUGCGACUCUGCCCCAUACUUUGGAUUCUAAAGGCCCACCAGAUUUUGGAUACUAUCUUCCGCUGUCAAGAAAUUUGACGCGAAUCUCUUCAGCAAAAGUACGCAUGGGAAGGGUUGCGCAAGGUCAGGAGCAGAUAUUCAAGCUUUUCUCACAGAUUCCCAAGACGAAGCACGAUAUAUUAGGCAAGCCAGACAAUUACAGUGUCGAGUGCUAUAGAUUGCAGGCUCUUGGGGCUAUUUGCAUCACAAUUCAUGGGAAAUUUGAGGAAACUGCUGCUCCAGAUAACUUGGAUAACCUCAACCAGAGUUCGAGUGGCGGUCGCAGCAGAAAUUCAUUCCAAAAAAAGCAUAAGAUUGCUUUGGGAAGCAAAAGCUUCGAUCGCACUUUCAUUGUGAUCCCAGGACCCAAUGCAUCAAUGAUUGUGGCUAGCGAUCUACUUUGCAUUAGGGUUGAAGCUGAUUCAGACGCUUUUAAGCCCCCAGCAAAUGUUCUCCCGGCAGUGAAUACUUCGCAAGCUCCUUCCGUCUCUCCCACGCCAGUUCAGGGUGGCAUCAACCCGACAGGAACGUUAGCGGGGCCACAGACACAACCCAUCCUUAACAAUGCUACACCGCCCCCUAAUGGACCGAACGUGGCUGCUUUACCCGCGGAACUAAACGCUAAUUUGAAUCAAAUGCAACAGGAAUUUCUUGUGAAAAUUCUCGUGGAGACAAAGCUUAGCAUGCAAUAUGCUCUUAUGCUUUGUCAACAAAGCAAUUGGGACUAUCAGCAAUGUAUUGUGAAUUUCAAGAAUUCGGCAUCUUCACUUCCCCCAGAUGCUUUUGCACAGUGA